GGAAGAAACAAAACGUCUGAUAAAUGGAAGCCAUGAAGAUAUCAAAGCGUUUCUUUGCUUUUGGGAUUUUGGCAUGCAUAGCUAUUUAUGUUGCCUACAUCAAAUGGCACUUGGAUUCCAAACCUCUCGUGGCAGCAACAGAAGGAUUGGUUGAAAGGAGGGGAGACAAACUGAGCCAGCCGGCGCUGACCGCGGGGCUGGCGGUCUUCUACGGGAUUAUGUUCGAUGCAGGAAGCACAGGAACUCGCAUCCAUAUUUUUAAGUUUACACAGCAGCCAAAAGAGACUCCCAAAUUAACCCAUGAAACAUUUAAAGCACUGAAGCCAGGUCUGUCUGCAUAUGCUGAUGAUGUCGAGAAGAGUGGCCAGGGAAUAAAAGAUCUCUUGGAGGUGGCGAAGAAGGAAGUUCCUGUGGAGCUGUGGAAGUUUACUCCUCUGGUUCUGAAGGCCACAGCUGGCCUACGGUUGCUGCCAGGAGAGAAAGCUCAGAAGCUGCUGGAUAAGCUUUUAUUUGAACUACAGGUGAAGGAGAUUUUUCAGGCCUCCCCCUUCUUCGUGAGGGACAACUGUGUGUCAAUCAUGAAUGGAACUGAUGAAGGUGUUUCAGCCUGGAUCACAAUAAAUUUUUUAACAGGCAGCCUAGAUGAUCCACAGAAGAGAAGUGUGGGGAUGCUGGAUUUGGGUGGUGGAUCAACACAGAUCACCUUCCUUCCACGCACGGAGGCAACUCUGCAGACAUCACCAGCUGGCCACACGACUUCAUUUCAGAUGUUUAACCACACCUACAAGCUGUAUUCCUACAGUUACUUGGGACUCGGGCUGAUGUCAGCAAGGCUUGCCAUUUUAGGAGGAGUUGAGGGAAAACCCUCAGGAGAAGGGGAGGAAUUGAUCAGCCCUUGUUUACCACCUGGCUUCAAAUCUGAGUGGCAGCAUGCUGAGAUAGUGUACAAAAUUAAAGGACAGAAGGCAGGUGAGCCUCUGUAUGAGUCAUGUUCUAACAAAGUUGCAAAGAUGCUCUAUAAAAAAGUCCAUAGAGCUGAGGAAGUGAAGGACUUGGAUUUUUACACUUUCUCCUACUACUACGACCGUGCAGCAGAGGUUGGUCUCAUAGAUAAAGAAAAAGGAGGAAGCUUGACUGUUGGUGAUUUUGAAAUUGCAGCUAAAUAUGUGUGCAAGACGAUGGAAAUCAGCCCUGGAAGCAGCCCUUUUCUCUGCAUGGACCUCACAUACAUCACCUUCCUCCUGCAAGAACUUGGCUUCCCGAAGAGCCAAGUCUUUAAGCUUGCCCGGAAGAUUGACAACGUUGAAACGAGCUGGGCGUUGGGAGCCACCUUCCACUACAUUGACUCACUCAAUAGGUACUAAAGCUCC